AUGUCCUCUGAUAGCCACAGUACCGUUCUUAGAAUCUUUUCUACUGAAAUCUGGAUCAACAUAGUUAACAUUCUCAGGUGGGAUUCGUGGACAACGCUUCAUUCACUGAAUCUGUCAUGCCAGGCCUUUCAUCAAAUAGUAUCUCCAGUACUAUUCCGAACCCUUCAGCUUCAUUUUCCUCCUGCCAAAAAGACCUAUCGCGCUCAAAUUAAUCGUUCCCCUGCAUUACCCUGCCCCUUCCAGGAAUUCCGGGUCAGAACAGCCACCGGCUUCAAAACAUCAACUUAUAUUAGCAGCCCCGCGCCCCGCAAAGAACGCCGAAUACAUGCGCUACUCGAAUCAGACGUUGGCCACACAAUACAGCAUCAUGUUCGGAUACUCAUUGUGUGGUACGGGCACGGCUAUGAGGAGGGCAAGCAUAGUCAACCAAUUCAGCGACUUGUGGAGAAUCUCCCAAACCUAGAGGCUAUCAGAUGGCGUGGAAUCCCUUUUCCUCCGAACCUGGCUCAGAACCUGAGCGACAGACUCUCACCCCCUCAGCUCUACUACGAAGGCCUACCACAGGCCAUUACCAGUAAUUCCCUGUUUAUCGGCGCCUCGUUUAUCAAGUCACUAAGUAUAACUUGCGAGCCUGCGCCAGUCGAGGAGCACGUUGUUAAUAAGCUCGGAAAGCUCAUCCUUUCCCUCUCUAGACUUGAACGGUUAAUCCUGAAGCAGGCUGGUGAUCGUUACUGGAGGGACAACAAAACUCUUCAAAACCCUGCCUUUCGCUUGGCGCCAGACUCCAAGCUGCCACCCUCGCUUCGAAUACUCUCGUUUACUAAUUUUACAUUUAAUGAAGAACAGGCAGCUGCAUGGGCUCGGUGUGCGCGGGGCGUCGAGUACUUGGCGCUGGAUGGAUACAUGCAAUUAUCAACGCUGCUUGAAGCGCUUUCUGGCCCGCUUUCUGGUUUGAAAUCGCUUACACUCCGUGUCCUUAACGACGAAGACCACCCUAUAGGCCCUCAAUUUCUUGCUAUACUAGAUCGCUUCUUACAGUCUAUUGCCAAGUUAGAGUGUUUCUCUACCUAUAAUUUCCCAAAAUCAGUACUCGUCUCUGUGAUAAGAUACCAUGGGAACCAUCUACGGCAACUCCGCUUCCGGGAGACGGGCUACUCUAGAAUCCACCUUCAAGGCCCAGAGUAUAAGGACUGCCUUUUCUCUCGCGACGAACUGUACCAGUUAGCAAAUGAACUCCCCCAUGUCGAAAGACUCGGUCUCGACCUGCGCUUUGAGGACAAAAUCCACUAUGAUUACCUCGAUGCACUAGCCCGCUUCUCAAGCCUCAAAUACCUCGAACUAAACACCCCUAGCUAUCGCGGUGCAGCCGUGAAUGCCUACUCUUCAAAAUUCUGGCUUGACAAGUCAGUCACGAGGGAGGUAUUUCAGUACGUGGAUGCACGCACGGAACGCCGCUUGGCUGGACUGGAUAUCAAGGUUGGGGAGUGGGAGUGGAUGUUUGUGCGUGGUAGGAACAGGACCAUAAGGGAUGCGUGGAUUUAUGCAGCCUGGAGGGAAAGUGAUGUGCCAAAUUUGGUACAUGUUACGUGCCUUUCAUGCGAGUUUGGUGGUUAUUUGCACCUGUCCGAAGAUGAUAUUUAUGAGCAGACAGUGCACGCAGCUGGGCUGUGGCCUUCAGACAGAUCGAAUGUGGGACCGGUUAUUUGA